AGUGUGCCUGUGUGUGUGUGUGUGUGUGUGUGUGUGCGUGCGCGCGCCUGUGAGACUGCCAAGGCUGUGUGUGACGCUGUCAGUGUGCGAGACUUCACAACAGUGUCGCCUGGUGCAACUGUCGGCUAGUAUGCCUGCGGGUGUCGCUGUGCUAGCGGCUGAGUCUGCAUGUGGCUGUGCGGGUGUGCGAUUCCGUGUGCGUGUGUCUGUCAAUGUGCAGUGUAGGGGCAGAGACUGGGUCAAACGUUUGUGCGGGUGAGACGGUCCGUGAGCACAGCGGGGCAACUGUGUUUUGGGAAGGUCUCUGCGGGAUCUGAGACCGUGUCUGCCAGCGUGAGAGUGCGUGGCUGGGUCUGUGGGUGCUCAGGUGUGCCUUCAGCCGUGGCAGAGUAAGAAUGAGACUUACACUCCACGUGUGUCCUGUGUCCUGACUGUUAGACUGCGUGGAGCUGGGUUUGCAUCUUGAGGACCCACUUCGAUGAGCAGCAGCUGCUCAGGGCUGAGCAGGGUCCUGGUGGCCGUGGCUGCAGCCCUGGUGUCUGCCUCCUCUCCCUGCCCCCAGGCCUGGGGCCCCCCAGGGGUCCAGUAUGGGCAGCCUGGCAGGGCCCUGACGCUGUGUUGCCCUGGAGUGACUGCUGGGACCCCGGUGUCCUGGUUUCGGGACGGGGAGACAAGGCUGCUCCAGGGACCUGCCUCUGGGCUAGGGCCCAAACUGGUCCUGGCCCGGGCAGAAAGCACUGACGAGGGCACCUAUACCUGCCGGACCCUGGACGGUGCACUUGGGGGCAUGGUGACCCUGCGGCUAGGCUACCCCCCGGCCCGCCCCGUUGUUUCCUGCCGGGCUGCUGACUAUGAGAACUUCUCCUGCACUUGGAGUCCCAGCCAGGUUAGCGGUUUACCCACCCGCUACCUCACCUCCUACAGGAAGAAGACUGUGCCGGGAGCUGAUGGCCAAAGGAUGAGUCCAUCCUCAGGGCCCUGGCCAUGCUUACAGGAGCCCCCUGGGGCGGCCCGCUGUAUAGUCCAUGGGGCAGAGUUCUGGAGCCAGUAUCGGAUCAAUGUGACUGAAGUGAACCCCCUGGGGGCCAGCACCCGCCUGCUGGAUGUGAGCUUGCAGAGCAUCUUGCGUCCUGACCCGCCCCAGGGGCUUCGGGUAGAGUCGGUGCCUGGCUAUCCUCGCCGCCUGCGUGCUAGCUGGAUGUACCCUGCCUCCUGGCCCCGCCAGCCCCACUUCCUGCUCAAGUUCCGGCUGCAGUACCGUCCAGCACAGCAUCCAGCCUGGUCUACGGUGGAGCCAGCUGGAUUGGAGGAGGUGAUCACUGAUGCUGUGUCUGGGCUGCCCCACGUAGUGCGGGUCAGCGCCCGGGACUUUCUGGAUGCUGGCACCUGGAGCUCUUGGAGCCCCGAGGCCUGGGGGACUCCAAGCACCGAGCCCCUACCGAAGGAGAUAUCAGUCGGGGACCAGCAACAUACACAGACAGAGGAAGAACCUCAGGCAGACAGCCCUGCUCCCCCAAGGCCGUCCCUUCUACCCGACCCACAGCCACUUGACCACAGAGACCCCCUGGAACAGGUGGCCGUGCUGGCAUCUUUGGGAAUCUUCUCUUUCCUGGGACUGGUGGCUGGGGCCCUGGCACUGGGGCUCUGGCUAAGGUUGAGACCAGUUGAGAAGGAUGGACCCCAAAAAUCUGGGCUCUUGGCCCCAAUGAUUUCAGUGGACAAGCUUCCAGGAGUCCCAAACCUGUAGAGGACUUGGAGGCCUUCAGCUGAUUCCAUCCAAUGCUGGUGUGGAUGGAUGGACAGAUGGAACCCAGGCAGGACAGCAGAUCCCCAUGGAGGCGGGUUCUCAGCUGGAAGUUCUGUUUGGAGCCCAUUUCUAUGAGACUCUGUGUUCCCAACUUGCCAGUUGAAAGGUUCCUGGACCUCUGACUUCAUCCCAGAGCUGGAGGUCUACCUGAAGAAUGUGUGUAGAUGUGUAUGGCUGUGUGUGUCCAAGUGUAUGUGAGGCAGGGGACAUGUGUUCUCUGCAUGUAUGUAUAUAGGUACCUGGGGAGUGUGUGUGGGUCUUAUGCUCUUGGCUUUGCCCCUGGAGGAAGUUGUGAGGGUGUGAAUAAAGAGAAUGAGGAGGUUCUGUCUAUUGA